AUGGCUGUCCUGUCUCGCGUCUUCUUGGCUGCUGCUGCUGCCCUUGGAGCCUCUGCUCUCGGUGCUCCUGAUGUUACUUUGACAUUUGACGAUAUUGCGGUCUCUAACGAGGAAGCAUGCGGAAGGUCGCAGCUCUCUCAGGAGGAUCCUUAUCACGGCAUCAUUAUUACUGGCACCGAGUACAACUUGGUUGUCAACUCUACCAAGACUGCUGCUUGUCCCUCUGAUGCGCCCUUCACUUACUACCCUCAAUGGGCUUCCUCCGGCAGCAACGUUCUCCUCAACCUCGCCGAUGGAAUUAGAUUCCACGCCCCGGAGUCGAAGAAGCUUAACGCGGGCUUCUUCCAUGCAGGAUUUGUCUACGAUGAUGCUCAGCUGGCCUCGGAUAUCACGAACAUCACUGUUCAGAUUCACGUCACCUCUUCCGACGGACGCGAGGAGUUGACUCAAGACUUUCCUCUCUGGGGAGCAAAGAACUUUGGACCUUGGCAGGUUUUCGUCAAUGAAACCACUGCCGAUUGGAUUCAGGUUUCUGGCCAUGUUUUCGCGUAUACUGGUGAUUCUGUCAUUUCUACCAGCAACCUUAUUGUUGAUGACGCUGAGCUCUGGUAUGCUUAA